AUGGCUGCCAGGUAUCAACAGCAUCCCACAGUCCCGGUGGGAUUCCAACCAAGCCAAGGCGGUUAUGCCACAGCCGCACCGCAUCAUGCGGCCCACAUGUCACCAUCGCAUCUUGGGGUUGGCUUGGACGGCACGGCCCAUGCCGGAUCUAGGAGAGGCAGUUCGACGACGGUGCCGCCGCCACAUCAACAGCAGCAACAGCCGUUGCCAAGUGCGAAUGGAGAAGGAGCUGGGACUCCAAACACAGGUAGGGAGGGGACAUCCACACCAACGGGGCAGAAUCCUAAUGGAACAUCAUCUUCAACUACUGGCCCGAAGCCCAUUCGUAGGCGGUUGCGCAUGAUCACUUCCUGCCUCGAAUGCCGGCGACGAAAACUCAAAUGCAACAAGGGUGCGACGUGCAGCAACUGUGUGAGAUUUUCAAGAGAAUGUCUCUACCUCGGACCCAAGCUUGACGAGGCCAGCCAGAUAAGGCUUACAGAGAUCAAGGAGAAGGUUGGGUCGCUUGAGAGGCAGUUUGAGAGGGAUGUUGCCAGAGGGGCUACCGGAGGUGGUGGAGGCAGAAGUGGUGGUUCACGACAGCAACGGAUUCUGGCUGACGACGUUGAGGAUGACUUUGACGAGGAGCGUGACCUCCAGAUCAGCUCCAUGGUGGCGCUUGAUCUCACCUAUGAUGACUAUCCCGAUGGGGUUGGUACCGACGACUUGAUCGAUCUGGGCAUCCGAGUUGGAAAAAUGAGAAUUACCGAGAGAAUUGGCGGACUCAACAGACCACGAAUUUCGGAAGAGAUUCAAGCUGGCAUUGCAGGUUCCCCGAUAGCUACGACGCCCUCUUCUGCCACUACGCCCUGGUUCAAUGGGGCAUCCCAGAUGCUAGGGGGUGACGGCACGUCAGAGGCGUCCUUCGACAUGCUCCCUGAUUUUCUCAAGCCGGGUGACUCUUAUCUUCCACCCACAAGCGGCUUCUUUUUUGGCCAAGCUGGUGUAUCGCCGCCGUUGGAACAGCUGUUACCUGGAAGUCGGGAGUGGGGCCAGCGCCUGGUCAACCGCUACUUCGAAGCAGUUCACCCUAUUGCGCGGUGUGUCCACAGGCCGUCUUUCGAGGCCUUGUAUCAGUCCUUCUGGGACGAUAUCGCACAAAACUGGGAGCCCCGUCCAUCGGUGCAGGCACUGGUGUUUGCUGCUUGGUUCAGUGCUGCAGUCAGUCUUGAUGAAAUCCAGGCUCAAAAUGAAUUUGGAAAUACGAAAAGCGCCAUCGUGGCUCACAUGAAGGUGGCCACCGAGACGGCGCUGAGCAAGGCCAAUUUUCUGCGAACAACAAAGUUCGAGACGAUGCAGGCGUUUAUCAUGUACAUGCUUCCGCUGUGUAGAGACGAGGUAUCGAGAGCGCACUCUGUGCUGGUUGGUGCUGCUGUGAGAAUGGCCGAGUGUAUGGGGCUUCACCGCGAUGGUGAGGCUUACGGCCUUAGCCCCUUGGAAACACACGUGCGACGGCUUGUUUGGCACCAGCUGUGCUUCCUGGACAUACGGACAUGCGAAGCCCAAGGACCGAAGCCAGCCAUUCGGCGCGAGGACUAUGAUACCAAGCUUCCUUUGAACUGCGAAGAGACCGACCUCACGGCGAACAUGGUUUCUGUUCCACCACCGGCUGAUCAGUGGACGUCGACAAUGCUUGUGUUGAUGAGAUUUGAGAUCAACGAGAUGAUGCGCAUCAUCUGGGCGGACCGACGCAAGCUGGAAACGCACAAGACAACACUGACAGCCGUACUCACCAAGAUUGAAAACUUUCGCAAGCGCAUGUUUGAGAAGUACAACCGCUUCCUCAACGAAGAGGUGCCGGCUCAGAAAUAUGCGAAGCUUGUCAUGCAGCUUCUGAUCUAUCGCUUGCACGCCAUGGUGCUACACCCGUACCACUCUAACGCUACAAGUCCAUUGCCCGAACGCCUGAACGGUCUUCUGAUUACGAGCGGCAUUCUGAUCAUUGAAACUGCGAUUCAGCUCGAAUCUGAUCCCAGAUUUCGGGACUGGUCAUGGUAUCUUGGAGCUUACCAGCAAUAUCAGAUUGCCCUUCUCUUGGCCACGGAGAUUUAUUACCGGCCUCAGAACAAGGAGUGUAAUAGGAUCUGGAGGUGUCUCGACUAUGUCUUCAACUUGGACCCCAAUGAGGCGCGGGAUCAAAAGAGUCUCAAGAUCUUGACCGAGAUCAUGGGCAAGACGAGCGUCUAUCUCGGCAUGCGAAAGGUCCGCGCGCCAACUGGUAUUGCCAGGGCCGUUCCCUACAAGCAGGCCGUGAAAGAAUCACCUAUUCAGUCACACGCCAUGGUUCCUACCGGGUCGUUUCCUCAACAUCAGCAACAGAUGCACCAGACGGUUAACGGUCCAGGUCAUGGGUUGAAGCCUGACCCAAGCAUGCCCCAGAUGCCUGUAAAUGCCAUUCCCACCAUUAAUAUGCCAAUGUCACAUGGCAAUAUGGCUCACUCGGUGCCUUCGAGCAUGCCGGCCCGCGUUCCUUCUUUCGGGCACUCACCCAUGAUGUUUCCUCCGCAACAGCCAACGAUCAUGCCCAACAUGGUGUUUGCCGGUGUCUCUAACGGUGAGGUUCUAUGGGGUUUCCCGCAUAUGAACCCUGGAAGUCCUGAGAAUAGCAGUGAUGGUGGAAGUGUUGUUGGUCAGCCACAACGUCAUGGAAGCAUUGCUGGGCCUGGGGCGGCCAUCAACGUGAUGGAUAAUAUUGACUGGGAUGCUAUCAAUGUUCUGUUCCCUACCGACCCCAAUACCGGCGAGCUCAGCUUCAAUUCUUUUCAGGUGGACCACUCUGCUCAGAUGAAUCAUAACCUGGGUGCUCAGAUGGGACAUGCUCAUACUCCCCAUCAUCAACAGCAGCACUCACAAACACAAUGGGGACCGAAUUAGGUUUCCAGAGAAGGUGUUCUGAUUUAUGGGGUAUUGAUUUUGCUGGUUUUUCUCAUGUCAAAGCAGUUUUAUUUGCUCUGUUGGCACCGUAUCUUGCACAUCUUGACACUACAAGAUUGAGCAAGCUUUCUGUUGGACUGAGACAAAUGGGGAUUUCGGGGGACAGCAAACAAGAUUAAUGGUGAGGAAAGGGAAACAGACAGAAAAAGUCUGGGCGAGGAGGUCAUCGCCAAUGCUAAGAGUGGCGCAGUUUCGAGGAGCAAGGCAAGCACGGUCGGUGUUUGGGGAUGAUAGUUUCUACUAUGGGUGUCCUUUGUUUUGUCUGCUCUUCUGGCUUUUCUUUUGUUGCUUUUCACUCCUCGCUCGUUUUAUACCAUUAUUUCAGUUUUUUCUUUACGAGGAAGGAAAGGGGAAGAUGGGAAAAGAGGGGAAACAUUUUCAGAAAUGUAGGUGUUGUGUAAAAUGGAUUUGUGGGUGGAAAUUUGGAGGGAGUGUAAAAGGUUGUGUAAAAUGGGUAGUAUCUUAGUUAUAGGGGAAGAUAGAACGGGUUAAGGGGGGAUGGGGGAACAAGGCAGUUAGGUAGAUGAUAGGAAGUAAUUUUGAGAGAAAUAUGAUUUGCUUGUUUUGGGC